GUGUACUCAGUACUCGUAUCUCAUGCAGUCGUGCAGUUGCAGUAUGCACAAUAGCAGUCGUACCGUGUUGUCGGUUGGUCCAAUGGUCCAUAAAACAAACUCUUCUGCAGCAACAGUUGUUGUUCUCUGAGGGACUUCGCGCUCGUCUGGUUUGAAAGGAAAGUGUUUUGAAAACCGGCCCCACACCUCAAGAGAACUCGAAGAUCAAAUCUGAAAGAUUAUACCCAGGCUGCUCGUGAGUUGCGAUCAUCUCAUUGAAAUCAGCACUGUUUCAAAAUACGCAGAAAUUGUGAAAUACCUACGGCCACGUUAUGAGCGACGAUCUAAAAAACAUGACACUCACUACAAAUUUAGAAGCAUUACGCUGUGCAAAUCAUGAUUUUUCGUUUUCUUUGUAUAAGGAAGUGGCAAAAACCGAAAAAGGAAAUAUAUUUUAUUCACCAUUCAGUAUCCAUGUGAUUAUGUUUAUGGCUAGCACUGGAGCAGCUUCGAAAACAUUUGAUGAAAUAGUUGCUACUCUACAUCUAAAUGAAACUACUCAUUCACUGGAAGCAUAUGGAAAAUUAUUGGAAGCCUUAACAAGUGAAAAUGAUAAUCUAAAACUGGCAACUGGAAUGUUUGUCGAUACAGCUUUCAAUGUCAAAGAUAGUUUUGUAGAAAACUCCAAGAAAUAUUUAAAAUCGUCUAUAGAAAAAUUGAAUUUCAAGAAUGACCCAGAACAGCAGCGCCAAUAUUUAAAUAAUUGGGUUUUAAACGAAACCAAUAACAAAAUCAAAGAUAUAUUCCCUGAAGAUUCAAUUACUGAAGACACUGCCUUAGUAUUGGCAAAUGCCGUGCAUUUUAAAAGUGAUUGGGCACAUCAAUUUAAGCAUGUAUAUGAUGGCUCUUUUUAUGUGACUCCAAGCGACCAAAUACCAGUCAAAAUGAUGUAUCUCGAACGAGAUUUUCAAUACUAUCAUGAUAGUGUUCUAAAUUUCACCGCAAUUGAAAUACCCUAUAAAAACCAUGCUUUUAAAAUGAUUAUUUUAUUGCCCGAUGCUAAAGAUGGUUUGAAUAAUCUGGAGACUAAUAUUUCAAAAUUUAAAUUACAUGAUAUUUCAAAGAAAAUGACCCAUCGUUAUCUUAGUGUUAGAUUACCUCGUUUCAAAAUAGAACAGUCACUGCAAUUAGAUGAAACAUUAUCCAAUCUUGGAUGUCCAACAAUGUUUUCACAAGCGGCAAACUUUUCUAAUAUUGUUGAAGGUAAACUGAAUGUGAGUAAAGUUUUGCAUAAGGCAUAUAUUGAUGUAGAUGAAUACGGUACUGAGGCUGCAGCAGUUACAAUUGUGCAAAUUCAACAGCAGUGUGCAAGGUCAUCUAUAGAUGUCACUGUUGAUCACCCAUUUAUGUUUUUUAUUUCAACUAGAUGUAAUAACAUUAUAUUUGUAGGUCGAAUGACCAAAAUUGAUUCUUCUUCUAUUCCUUCGCCUCCUCUCCCAACUAUUUGGAGUCGGCCGCCCUGGUCCUCAAUUUCCACUUACUACAAAAUUGUAGGAAAAAUUCACGCAAUCAGUGAACAGCCGCAGUACCGCUGCAGUCUGUGCUCCCGAGUCUCCGAAGCAUCAACGCGACCGUCGAUAAUCAAACCGAUUUCUCGCCGGACAGUAACUUCGUACGGGGGUUUUGAAAAAAAAACCGUUUUCAAGGUAAAAUCUGUUUCGAAUGGGUACUCAGAUCCGAAAAAUAUGGCACUCAUCACUACAAAUUAUGAAUCAUUGAGCUUGGCAAAUCAUGAUUUUUCGUUUUCUUUGUACAAUGAAUUGGCCAAAACUGAAAAAGGAAAUAUUUUCUUUUCUCCAUUCAGUAUUCAUGUGAUUAUGUUUAUGGCUAGCAUGGGAGCAGCUUCAAAAACCUUUGACGAAAUGAUAAACACUAUACAUUUAAAUGAAACUACUCAUUCAAUGGAAGGAUAUAGGAAUUUAUUGGAAGACUUACUAAGUAAUAAUGAUAAUUUGAAAAUUGCAACCGGAAUGUUUGUUGAUGCAACUUUCAACGUUAAAAAAAGUUUUGUAGACAACUCUAUGAAAUAUUUAAAAUCGUCUAUAGAGAAAUUGAAUUUCAAGAAUGACCCAAAAGAACAGCGCCAAUAUUUAAAUGAUUGGGUUUUAAGAAAAACAAAUAACAAAAUCAAAGAUUUAUUUCCUCAAGAUUCCAUUACUAAAGACACUGCCUUAGUAUUGGCAAAUGCUGUCCAUUUUCAAAGUUCUUGGGUAUAUAAAUUUAAUGAUGCUGUAGACGACUCAUUUUAUAUUACUCCGAGUAAUAAAGUACCAGUCAAAAUGAUGAAUCUUGUGCGUGAUUUGCAAUACUAUCAUGAUAGUGAUCUAAAAUUUGCUGCACUUGAAUUACCCUAUGAUCACUAUGCUUUUAAAAUGAUUAUUUUAUUGCCUGAUGCUAAAGAUGGUUUGAAAGAUCUGGAAAAUAACUUAUCAAAAAUUAAUUUGAUUGAUAUUUCAAAUAAAAUGUCCCAGUAUCAUGUUACUGUCAAAUUGCCUCGUUUCAAAUUAGAACAGUCACUGCAAUUAGAAGAUACAUUAUCCAAUCUUGGAUGUCCAACAAUGUUUACACAAGCGGCAAACUUUUCUAACAUCGUUGAACAUGGUGAUCUGUAUGUGAGUAAAGUGGUGCAUAAGGCUUAUGUUGAUGUCAAUGAAAAAGGAACUGAGGCUGCAGCAGCUACAGGUAUGGCAACUCGUAUGAAGAGAAGUUUAAUAAUGAACGAACGUAAAGAUUUUGUAGUUGAUCAUCCGUUUGUAUUUUUUAUUUCAACUAAAGGUGGUAGCAUUAUUUUUGUAGGUCGAAUGACCAAUAUUGAUUCCGUGGUACAAUCUCUUACUAAAGAAGAACUUUAAUUUCCCAUUAUUAUAAAAAUGUAUUUAUAAUUAGGUAAUUAAUAUUGUUAACAAAUUUAAUUAUGUUGAACCAUAUUAUAUAUUAUAUAUAUUUAGUUAUGUUGUUUACAACUUUAUUAGUAUUAUUUUUUUUACUGAAGAAAGGAGUUUAUAUGUAUAAGUAACAAAUAAUUUAUGUAAUUGAUAUCAUUUAAAUGUAUAGUAUGAACAGGUCUAAUAUUAUCUGUUCUAAUACA